AGGGCCUGUUCCUCCGUCAAACAUCCAUUUCUAUAGCGUUAGAUUUGUUUGUCCCGCCGCUAGGACAACGGUCAGGCUGUGACGGGAGUGUUUUGUAAAAAUUCCCACGGAUUAAUAUAUUUAGUUCAAAAUUAGACAAAAGAUUUUGAUAUUUGCUAAUGAAAUAUUCGUUCAUUUUAUAUAUUUAUGUGUGUGUGAUCCGCUCGAGAACUGACCGACUGAUAUUACUGUGACGUGUUAGGUCUUGUCAGAAGUUGAUGAAGAACAUCGGGAUUCGUAAAUUUUGGGAGAUACGGAAUAAUCUCAAGAUAACGACAAUACUUAGAAAAAAAGCAAACAAUUGAUCAGCGAUGGCAAAGAAUGCCUCCCAAACAGGGGAGAAAAUCCUCGUGUGUGGACUUUGCUCGAACUGGUUUAAGAAACCUAGGACUCUGACGUGUCUUCAUUCUUACUGUGAUAACUGCCUGUCAAAACACAUACUCAGUUCUGUCUCUAGAGGGGAAGUCACAAAUCGAUCUGCAACAUCCUCCAUGACAAAAGAGUUCAAUUGCCCUCUUUGCGAUAAGGUCAUCACGCAUGACAGUUUUAGCAAACUUCCGCCAAAUCAGUGGGUGAACGAAUUUCCGGUGAACAAGUUCCUGUUGGAUCUGCUUGAUAUUGAAAAGUUGAAAAGGGGAGACAAAUCAUGUGGCCCAUGUAGUAGAAAUGGUGAGGAGUCAACAAUCACUUCCUGGUGCAAGGAAUGCCGGGACGGUCUGUGUGACAAUUGUGCGAAAGUCCACAAAGGAAUGCGUGUAUCUAUGGAACAUACAGUGCUAACACGUGCCGACUACAUGAAACAGAUGGAUCUCCUGAAGGAAUACCAGGAACCGUGCAGGAAGCAUGCGGGAAAGACGCUUGAUAUGUAUUGCAUGUUCGAAAGAGAACUGUGUUGUCCAAAUUGUGUAGCGGAGGAACACAGAAAAUGUGAAAAGGUUGUACCAGUGGCUGAAGCCGCCAUUAAAAUCAGAACCGAACGUGAACCAGCAUUUCUCUCCGACUCACUGGAGCAGUAUAUCAAACAUAUCGAACGUACCAUGACAGACAGAAACAACCACACCAAGAAGUUGGAGGAUACUAAGAAAAGUCUGACAGAAGACUUUGCUAAUAUCCGCAUCCAAAUAAUCAAUAUGUUAGAUAACAUGGAGAAAUCAGCAAAAAAGGAACUCACUCUAAUACACGGUGAUGAAAUAGCGCAGAUACAGAAAGAAGUGAAGAAAUGCAAAUCAAUGAAAGAGGCAGUAUCCAAUGCACAGGUCUUACUGAAGAUGGCCGAAGAGCAUGGUAGCGAUUCAAGAUUGAUGAACACUUUAGAGAUGAUCCGAAAGGAAUGUUUCUGGUAUGAGGAAGACAUGGGGAAGCUGAGAACCAAACUACAAGACUGUGAUUACGACUUCGAGAAGGACCACACCAUUGAUAACUUGAGGCGCACUGUCAAACAACUCGGUAAAAUAAGCGUCAAACACGUCCCGUCUAAGUUGCCGCCCUUCCCAAACAUUGUCACAUUUGACCGUGUCGAGCAGCUUAAGAUGAACAAGUCUACACUCUCCCUCCGUGGACGGCGAAUCGAGUUACUGAGGACAUUCGAGGGAAAGCAAGAAGACGACAAUGCAGAGUGUUGGCACACGGGUGCAGCCUUUCUAGGUGAUGGCAAGCUCGCCUUGGUGGACAGACAGAACAAGAAACUGAAGAUCUACAACAAGAGCUAUCGCGUCCAGCACACAUUUCCAUUGUCGUCUAAACCAUGGGACGUGACCUUGGUGAGUAGUAAUGAAAUAGCAGUUACACUUCCGGAGGAAUACGCCAUCAUGUUGCUGGUCGUAGAUGAUGAAAUAACACAGUCCGACUACUUCUCGACGGAUGAGCGAUGCUAUGGCAUCACGUUCGCCAGAGGCAAAUUCUUCACGCUUUGUUAUGACGGCGCUCCGCCUGCGCUCAAGAUAAUCGGUUCAGAUGGAAAAGAGAUAGCAGCAAUAUCACAGGACGAUUUCGGAAGUCCGCUCUUCUCUCGGCCUAUCUAUGUCACCUCAAACUCGUCGGGGACCAUGAUCUACAUCACAGACGAGCGGCGUGGCUCCAUUACCACGCUAACGGAAACAAAGCAGUACUACUUCAAUUACUCCUGUCUGGAGGUGAGCCACGCCGCGGGCAUUGCUGUCGACCAAGCGGGAAACUUGUACGUGUGUCGAAACCAUGCAAAGAGCGUCCAGUUGGUGUCACCAGACGGGGAAAGACUGAAGACCCUUGUGGCCAGGGAUAAAAUCUCCUAUCCCCGGGCCAUCGCUUAUGACCCUACAGAUGAGAGGCUUGUAGUCACUCAGGGAGACAAAAGUGCCGUCAAAGUGUUUCAGUUCAUGGCGUCAUGAAUAGCUUAGUGGCAUGAUUACAUGGAAGCAAAUUCCAGUAAACAUACCCACGCAUUGCCUGUAUUCAGUGAAUAUUUUCUUAAUUUAAAUGCUUAAUAGCAUGGCUAGGGAGCUAUAUGUAAACCCUUAUUAUGUUUUUCAAUCACACACUGGCCUCCGUCUGUUCCACGGUAAAAUCUACUGUUUAAGGCCUUAUGCAAUUGCAUUUAAGGUUCGGUUUUGGAUACAAGUAUGUUAUAUGCUACAUCGUUAAUCGAUAUUUUCUGUCAAUACCGCGAGACUUUUAAAUAUGCUAAUGAUAUGUGACUAGAAAUGUUCAGUGAAUGUUGUGUAACCAAAGUCUCUGUCAAUAUCGUUCGACUAUUCGUGUGUUAUGGAUGACCAGACAUGCUCUCAGUAUUACGUUAAUAUUCCGUGUGACUAUCCAUGUUCUUUCAAUAUCGUUUUACCAUUCAUGUUUUAUGCAAAGCAUGUGACCAGACAAUAUUUACGUACUACAAAAAGUACGUGAACAAUAUUAAUUUUCUAUGAAUAGCACGUGACCAUGCAUGCUGUCAACUUCAUUUGACCAUUUAGUUCAUAUGUUCUGUUAAUUUCAUGUGACUAGAUGGUGUGAACAUCGUUACCAUGAAAGUCCUACGAUUAAUAUCGUGUUUAAUUUCUUAGUCAGAUAAUCCGUGCACAUUUUCCCGAAUUAUACCUUGCUCCAACUCAGAAAACAUAUCAAAAUGAUCGUCACUACUCACUACCAACCCAUAUCCAUGCAAGAAGGUCCAUAGGUAAUGUUCGAAAUAGUUUACCGUAUUUUGUGUAAUAAAAAAUUCUUAACAGCAACGCAGUGUUUUGAAACUCAAUUUGACGUCCAAGCUUAAUGACAAUCGCCAUCCAAUGUCAAUAUGUCCUUCAGUGCUUUUGAGGUUGAAGGUUUUGGUUCCUAUGGCCAUAAGUAUCAAGGUCCCUGUAGUCAAUGUCAUUGGAUGCCACGGAACAAAGACGUUUGGUGACAUGGGUAUGUAAUCUGGUACAAUCUGUAAUACAUGGAGUGAGUUAGACUGUGAUAUCCAUGCAACCAGUGUGUUAUUUGUCUUAUGAUCUGUCUAUUAAACCUGUCCAUCUUAAUUCGAAUGUGUAAUUGUCUAUAUACUAGUACAGUGUAUAUGAGUAUUACAAUACUUUCGUUGUACUAGCAAUACCAACCGUUACAUCAUUUAUCAUGUCUGAUCCUCGAAAUUCAAGUUGUUACGCUCACUCACGGUCUCGGCGCGAAACAGCGAAUGCAGUGAGAGUAGCCCCUGGAUAUCGAGGAUGGUCCUGCCCAAAACCCGCUUACAAAAUGUUGAUGUGUGAGUAUUACAUGCUUAUCAGAAUGCUUGGUUAGAUAUAUAAAUCUUUAGUCGUAUCAUUCUGUAAAAUCUAAUAGAAGAAAAGUCACAUAACGUUAGGAAGUUCAUGAUACGUUGCCAGAAUUAUUCAUAUGUAGAAGCUGUUUCACCAUAUGAAUGAUAUUUUUUAAGUAC